CCAAAGGAGACAUGCCUUCUGCGAGGGGCUAGCUAAGGCAAAGGCAGGAAUUUUUUAGGACCCAGAGGAAUCCACAGCAAAUAAUAUGCCUUCAAUAUGAGGAGUUUCUGCCCUCUCCGGGCAGGGAAUCUCAAGUAUCUUGGCAACGGAGCUCCCUCCUCUCUGACAGCUGCUUUCCUAGAACUCUGUUGCCAUCUCCGUGCCGUUCACUCUCCCAGUGACAUGGACAAGCUUUAAGGCUACACCAUGAAUGACCAGUACCACCGUGCAGCCAGAGAUGGCUAUCUGGACCUGCUGAAAGAAGCCACCAAGAAGGACUUAAAUUCCCCUGAUGAAGAUGGCAUGACCCCAACCCUGUGGGCUGCCUACCAUGGCAACUUGGAUGCCUUAAGGCUGAUAGUUAGCAGAGGGGGCGAUCCAGACAAAUGUGAUAUCUGGGGGAACACACCUCUUCAUCUGGCAGCAGCCAAUGGCCACCUGAAUUGCCUCUCCUUCCUAGUGUCUUUUGGGGCCAAUAUCUGGUGUCUGGACAAUGACUACCACACACCACUGGACAUGGCAGCCAUGAAGGGUCACAUGGAGUGUGUGCGUUACUUGGACUCCAUUGCUGCUAAGCAAAGCAGCCUCAACCCUAAGCUGGUGAGCAAGUUGAAGGACAAAGCCUUUAAGGAUGCAGAGAAACGUAUUAAGGACUGUGUAAAGAUGCAGAAAAAGCACCACGAAAGGAUGGAGAAGCGAUACAAGAAAGAGAUGUCUGACCGUUCAGACACAAUGAGUUUCUCCAGCUACUCCAGUAGCACAUUGAGCAGGAGACUUCAACACAUGUCCAUGAUGAAUUCCUUGCCAUACUCUCAGGCCACCAUACAGGGCACAGCCAAGGGCAAGGCAAAAAUCCAGAAGAAACUAGAGAAAAAGAAACAGGUGGAUGGAACAUUCAAAAUUUAUGAGGAUGGGAGGAAAAGUGUGAGGUCCUUGUCUGGUUUACAGCUGGGCAACGAUGUCAUGUUUGUGAAACAAGGCACCUAUGUUAGCCCAAAGGAAUGGACCCGGCGAAAUGUUAGGGAUAUGUUUCUGUCUGAUGAAGAUACUGUCUCCCGUGCCAUAAGUGAUCCAGGUUUGCACUUGGACUCCACCCAUUCUGAGGUCAGUACUGAUUCUGGCCAUGACUCUUUAUUCAAUCGGCCUGGCCUUGGUACCAUGGUUUUCCGGAGGAACUAUGUCAGUAGUGGACUAUUUGGGAUUGGUCAAAGUGAUCCCAGUAUUUUGGGGGAAGGAAAUACAGACAGGAUGAGUGUUAAGCUUCACAGCCACCUUCAACACUCGCCAAGUCUCAACGACAGUAUUGGCAGUGCCAACAGCCUGCAGGAGAGGAAUCUGGAGGACUUGCCCUGGGAUGAAAUGGAACUAGGUCUGGAUGAUGACAUGGAACCUGACACUAGCCCUCUGGAGACCUUCCUGGCUUCUCUGAAUAUGUUUGAGUUUAUUUCUAUCCUUAAGAAGGAGAAGAUAGAUCUGGAAGCUCUGAUGUUGUGUUCAGACAAUGAUCUGAAAAGUAUCAACAUUCCACUGGGGCCCAGGAAAAAGAUUCUGGAUGCGGUUCAAAGAAGGAAACAGACUUUGGACAAUCCUGAUGUUAUAGAAGACACGGAUCUAUAGCCAUGAACCCAAGUGAAAACCACUUCUAAGUUGCCAGAAAUUAUCUCCUAGAGAUCCGAUCAGUAGGAAACACGAAUGCCACAACAAAACGCCUCAAUUCUUUCUCAGCUUCCUAUUUCUGCUUUACUGUCUGCAGAAGCAUGUCUGGUGCUAAAGAGCCUUUUUUUAAGCGUGGGAGGGGAGGAACGCAAUUGCAUUAUACUAAAAUAUAUAAUCUACUGGGAGAGCUAAUGUGCAAAAUAAAGAUGAUCUAAUAAAGAUGAUUUCUUAUUGCA